AUGUCUACCACACAAGAUGCCCCUAUCCCGUUGACAACCACAUUCAAACCACCCAACUCGUGUUUUAAUGAGCUGUGGUGGUACAGCACCUCCGGUACAAUAUGGAUGAACCUGGGCCCGACUGACACAUCUGGAUGUCUUCCGUCUGGAUGGGCUACUUCCAGCUACUUCUCUCCGGGAAUAUGUCCAAGUGGAUAUGGCGUUGCAACAACCGGCUUAGUUGAUUGGGGAACGAGCACGGAAAGCGUUGCAACAUGCUGUCCGAUUGUAGGCUCGAACACCUACACCGUCCGACCGUCCACCGUGACCCCAUACCAGAGUACACUAGGAACAGAAGUGUGUGUUUGGGGGCCCAAAUCAGAUGUCAUGACGACGUACAACUACACAUGGUCCGGUAAAGACGGUUCUCCAUCAAGCACCUCGGAUUCAAUGAUCUUUCCGGAUUACUUCAACGCCUAUGGUAUUGAAAUCCGGUGGAAGUCGACCGAUUUCAGUGACCUGCCAGCUACGGCUUCCGCAACAGCAACCCAAGAUACCUCGGCAACGUCGACAUCAUCGCAAUCUUCUGCAAGCUCAGACAGUUCGUCUAAACUCUCCUCGGGCGCGAAGGCAGGAAUCGGGGUCGGCGUCGCUGCCGGCGUUAUUGCUGUGAUAAUCCUUGCGCUGUUCCUCUGGUUCCAGCGACGAAAGGCUCGACAGGGUGGGUCUGUUCCGAUUCCAGAGAACUCGCAAGAUAUAUAUCUACCCAACGUGGGUCGGUCCGAUGGGCAUGCGUAUGAUGCGCAGCAGGGCGGCGCACAAGUCGCUGAACUGUCUACUGCAAGGAAUACGCCGUUCAUCUACCAAAAGGCAGAGUUAUCAGCUGAAACCCAGCGAGAUAGACGAUAUGAACUGGAGUAA